AUUUGGCGCUCUUGGUGCCAAAUAUUGCCUCCAGUAUAAUUGUAACAAUGCAGUAAUAAUGCACUAUAUUUUAUAAACGUAUUGCUUUGAUAUUUUAAAUGUUUUACAGUCUUUAUUUUGGAAGACCAGUGUUUGGUAGACCUAAAGUAAAGAUAUAUGAAGGUUCUGAUACUCAGCAACAGGUUCUUAAACAAGAAUAAAGUACUGUACGGUCCAAAACCACUUUUUGGCAGACACGAUCCCAUACAUGCCAACGGCCCUGUAUGGUCUGGACAGUCUCGAUUUCCUAGCAAAUGUCUCGCGUCCCGAUGCAUAGGAAGAAAGUCCCGAUAUUAACCCAUAGAAAAAAAAUUAAAAAAUGUGCACAGUAGAGUUAGUGAAAACAACACGAUGUGCUGUUCUCCAAUAUGAUAAUAUGUAUGAUGCGUAUGCCACCCCUCACCCCGAGACGAGUGCCGCUGCAGUUUCCAAAUGCCCUCGAGGUUUCAAUGGGAGGAGAAAGAGGAGUUUGCGGUUCCGUGCGCUUCAAAAAGGGGCGCAGUAUCUUGUGAUUGUACUAUCCUUCCAGAGCGCGUAAUGCUAAGGAUAGUAGCCUUACGACUACGUGGAAACAGAACUUUGAACAGCCACAGAAACGUGGUACCAAGGAACUCAUUUAUUUAUUUAAACAAGCAGUAUUUCUAGUUUUUAUAUUGCCUGUCACGGAUAUGCGUAGAUACAAGUUAGCUUUGAUACUCAAAGCAAUGCAAAAGGAAUAAAACACUAGGCUUUACUAGACUGUCCGCUGCAACUACUGUAAGAAUUUCUCCUGUACGCCAUCCCAGUAAAUGGCCUUGGACUAUCAUUAACAUAAAUUGGACAACAGAAUUUUUUUUUUCCUCCCUGGGAUCCUACAGUUUCCUAGACAGCAAACCAAAGGACAAAGUGCUUGACCUGCAUGAACGCAAUACUGUGUUUUUAGUUUUGAACACACUGGAUUUUGUUGUAAGAUUGACUUGGUAUUUAGAAAAAUAAUGAGGCCUUCAAUGGAAGCUGCAGAUGUUGCAGUUGUGGCACUUUACUUUGUGCUUGUGGUGUGCAUUGGCUUCUUCGCCAUGUGGAAGUCCAACAGGAGCUCUGUGAGUGGGUACUUUCUGGCAGGACGGUCCAUGACUUGGUUUGUUAUUGGGGCCUCCUUAUUUGUCAGUAACAUUGGCAGUGAACAUUUCAUUGGGCUUGCAGGAUCUGGAGCAGCAAGUGGGUUUGCAGUAGGAGCUUGGGAAUUCAAUUCACUUUUGCUCCUGCAACUUUUGGGAUGGGUAUUUAUCCCUGUCUACAUCAGGUCAGGGGUCUACACCAUGCCAGAAUACCUAUCCAAGCGUUAUGGUGGGAAAAGAAUAAAGAUCUACUUUGCUGCUCUGUCUUUAUUGGUAUACAUUUUCACCAAACUUUCUGUGGCCCUUUAUGCUGGAGCACUGUUCAUCCAAGAGUCAGUGGGAUGGAACUUGUACCUGUCUGUAAUUUUGUUAAUUGGCAUAACAGCUUUGCUGACUGUUACUGGGGGGCUGGUGGCUGUAAUCUACACAGACACACUACAGGCUUUCUUGAUGGUUGUUGGAGCCCUCAUCCUCAUGGUCGUCAGCCUUGUAGAGGUUGGGGGGCUUGAGGGAGUCAAGACCAAGUACAUGCAGGCCACUCCAAAUGUGACUGCAAUUCUGGCUGCCUCCAACUUCAGCUACACCAACAGCUGCCACAUUCAUCCAAAGCCAGACGCACUAAAAAUGUUGCGUGAACCGACUGAUGAGGACAUCCCCUGGCCUGGAUUCCUCUUUGGCCAAACCCCAGCUUCAGUUUGGUACUGGUGCGCUGACCAGGUCAUCGUCCAGAGGGUACUUGCAGCAAAGAACAUUGCUCACGCCAAAGGGUCGACCUUAAUGGCUGGUGUCCUAAAGGUUCUUCCAAUGUUCAUCAUUGUGAUCCCUGGGAUGAUUUCAAGAAUACUGUACACUAAUGAAAUUGUGUGCAUCAGCCCAGAGCAUUGCAUGGAGGUCUGUGGUAGUCGGGCAGGUUGCUCCAACAUUGCUUACCCUCGCCUGGUGAUGAACAUUCUUCCUGUAGGCCUUCGUGGUUUGAUGAUGGCUGUGAUGAUUGCAGCUUUAAUGAGUGACUUGGAUUCCAUAUUCAACAGUGCCAGCACCAUCUUCACUCUAGACAUCUACAAGAUGUUUAGGAAAAGUUCUACUUCCAGAGAGCUUAUGAUUGUUGGACGUCUUUUUAUGGUUUUCAUGGUGGCUAUCAGCAUAGGAUGGGUUCCAGUCAUUGUGCAGAUGCAGGGUGGCCAGAUGUACCUCUAUGUUCAGGAGGUUUCAGGCUAUCUUACUCCACCUGUAGCGGCUCUGUUCCUGCUAGGAGUCUUCUGGAAGCGCUGCAAUGAGACAGGGGCAUUUGCUGGUGGGAUGACUGGUUUCCUUUUAGGGAGCAUAAAGUUAAUCUUGGUUUUUGUUUACCAAGCCCCUGACUGUGACCAACAAGACAACAGACCAGCCUUCAUCAAGUCCAUUCACUACAUGUACGUGGCAGCCUGCUUAUUCUGGAUCACUGGAAUCGUUACAGUGGUUGUGAGUCUCCUCACCCCGCCCCCUACAAAAGAGCAGAUCCGGACCACAACUAUCUGGGCGGUUUGGAACAAGGAUGUGAAGCUUGCCCAUCACAAGGAAGAGUCCUACAAGUUUACUGGCAAGAACCCUGUUGACAGCAAUGGGACAUCGGAGCACAAAGAGCUGCCCAAUGGAUUGCACAGAGAGAAGAUCGUUGAUGGCACUGAUGUUAAGCUUCUGGUCUUGCAGGAUUCCACCAACCCUGACUGUUUGACUCCCAGUCCAUCUGAGGAUCAGACCCCCAUGGAACAUCAUGCCAGUGGGCAGGCAAGUCUCAUGAGCCGAGCCUGUGAAGAUGAUGAGCAGCCUGUGGGAACCAGCACAUGCUGGAAAGUAGUCUACUGGUUCUGUGGUUUUACAGGCCAGUCUAUCAAGACUCCUCCCAGAGACCCAGUACAAGAAGAGGCUCGAUGUCUGGAAAUGCUUUAUGAGCCUCCAAAAAUCAAACUUUUGCUAAAUAUAAUGCUUUUUGUGGUGUGCUCUUUGGGGAUAUUUCUGUUUGUUUGUUUCUCUUUGUAGUCCUCUUGCUAUCCCAAAAAAAGGUUUUCCAUUUACAAGCUGCUGAAGUCUGUAAUAUUUACAGUAUAUUUAUAAAGUAAGAGUAAGCAUAAACGUCUUGGUUUAACAUUGCAGCUUGCAUAUAUUCAAAUCACCAUAGUGUGUGCUUUAGUGAAUAAUACAAUUAUUUGUAAGCCUUUGCACAGUUUGGCUAUCCUGUAGACUUUAUAAAGACAAUUUGAACUAAUGACCAAAAAAUGUUAACUUUGUUCAUAGCUUGAGCUACCAAAAUACAUAGCUUAACUUUACUUAAAGCAAUACAUUGAGAAUCUUAAUUUUUUGCACUAAAAUUGCAUACAAUUUUGGGGGCCAUUGUUGUGUCAAAUACACAACUAGUACCAUAUUUGUUUUUUAUAGGCCAUGCUGGCUCAUUGGCUUUACAGUAAAGACAUUUCUCCAUUAUUGGGUAAAACACUUGCUGCAGUGUUUGAUUGUGCUCAUUUAGCUAAUUUAUCUUGUGUAGGGAUGCAACAGUUAUGAUUUUUCCAAACUCAACCAAAACCAACUUUCAUAAAGUUCCUACAUCGAAAUAUACCAACAAAAGAUAAACUAACUUGACAUUUGUGUACAAUGAAAGUGUUGGCAGUCUCAGCACUAAGCUGUUAAGUUGAUCUUAAUUUGUUUCUGUUUUUUGCCAUAUACUUAAAGCCACAGUAGUCUACAAAUAAGCUUACAACUUAAUCUAAAAAAGCACUGUAAAGAAGGAGGGGGUGGGCAUUAUCUGGCUUCUGUCCCAAAAAAUGAAAAUUGGUUUACAAUAUUAGUGGGAUGUCAUAUAGGCUUAUGUGUUGCUGUGCAAAUUGUUUCCUAGUUCUUCCUGAAGAUGCAUUUUAACUUAGUGAGCAGUUUGUAGAUGUGCACUGUCCUUGAUGUUUUUAGCUAAAUGCACUCUGUUCUGACAAAAGGCAGUUUUGUCUGAUGGAGUUACUGAAUAGCUGAAUACAGUGCUGAAAUACGAAGUAUUUCACCUCCAUCCCUUUUUUUCACAUUUAAGAGACUCAGAUUCAGAAUUUGAAAUAGAUUAUAUUAGGAUUUUUACCAACUGAUCUACAGAGCCUUGAGCACCAUGUAAAAUCAAAAGAAAAAUUCCAAAAGCUUUCAACAAUUUACUAAAAAUGAAAAACA